CACCCUGUCAAACGCUGCACAGCUACACAACCUAACAGCCUCCACUCAGCACAGCACCGCAGGAGCCACAACACAUAGACAGGAUGGUGGUCCAGUUCAAAGUGUUCAAGAAGGCGGCCCCCAAUGGCAAGCUGACCAUCUACCUCGGCCGCCGUGACUUCGUAGACCAUGUCUCUUCUGUGGACCCCGUCGAUGGCGUGCUGGUGGUGGACCCGUCCUACCUCAACAACAGGCGGGUGUACGGGCAGCUGGUGUGCAGCUUCAGGUAUGGCCGCGAGGAAGAUGAGAUGAUGGGCCUCAACUUCCAGAAGGAUCUGUACCUUGCGUCGGAGCAGAUCUACCCACCCAAGAAUGACGAGGCCACAAAGCUGCAGGAGCGGCUCAUCAAGAAGCUUGGGGCCAACGCGUACCCCUUCACCUUCAAGAUGCCUGAGCAGGCGCCGCCCUCUGUCACCAUCCAGCCCUCCGCCGAGGACGAGGGCCGUCCUUGUGGUGUAGAGUACUAUAUCAAGGUUUACGUCGGCGAGAACGAGGAGGACCGCAGCCAUAAGCGGUCGACGGUGCAGCUGAACAUCCGCCGCAUUCAGUUCGCGCCGAGUCGUCAGGGCCGCCAACCCUGCACCAUCGUGAGGAAGGACUUCAUGCUGAGCCCUGGCGAGCUGGAGUUGGAGGUGAACCUGGACAAGCAGCUCUACUACCACAACGAGAAGAUUGCCAUCAACAUCUUGGUGAAGAACCACAGCAACAAGACCGUCAAGAAGCUAAAGGCGGCCGUGCAGCAGUCUGUGGAUAUCUGUCUGUUCACUGGCGGCCAGUACCGCAGCACCGUGGCCAGCGUGGAGACCCAGGAGGGUUGCCCCGUCAGCCCCGGCUCGGCCCUGCAGAAGGUGCUCUACCUCACCCCGACCCUCAGCUCCAACAUGGACCGCCGGGGCGUCGCUCUAGACGGCCACCUCAAAAAUAUCCACACCAACCUCGCCUCUUCCACCCUGCUGGCCAACCCUGAGUCCCGUGACAUGUUCGGGAUGAUCAUCUCUUACACCGUGAAGGUCAAGCUCUACCUCGGGGCUAUGGGAGGAGAGGUCACCGCCGAGCUGCCCUUCGUCCUCAUGCACCCUAAGCCUGACCUGCGCCGCAUGAUGAGGGCAGACAGCCAGGCCCAGGUGGAGUCCUUCCGAUCUGAGAGCAUCAACCAGUCCGUGGACAUGGACUAGAUGCCCCGUCACUCCGCGGGAGGGAGAAAACCACCUGGCGGGAGAACAUGAGGAGGGGCAGAUGGCGGGGGUCCCGAGCUCGACUCCCCUUGACCUGCUCCUCCUCGUUCUCCUUCUUGGGAACUCACCUCCCGUGUGUCUCCUUGCCGUCAACUCGAUGCUUAUGGGAAAAAAAGGAAAGAUCUUACCGCCUUCUUAAUUGUACUGAUUCCUUUGCAUAAUCUUCUUAGCAUUUGGUCCCGUUGUAGCAACAUCAAUAAUUGACUCCUAAGUGACUCCCGCUGUCUUUCAUAGCUGAUGCUUUUCUAGGUCCCCUUAUCUUUUUUGCUCAUCACCAUUAUUGGAUAUGAGUUGCAAGACUGCCUCGUAGAAGUCAAGAAGUCUCUCUUCUUGAAAACCGUAGAUUGUUUCGAAGAGUUCUUCGCGUUUCAUUUCUCUUUGCACCCUUAUACCAUCGUUGUGAUUCCCUGCUCCAGUAUUGUUUUUUCCAGAAUCCAUUCAGGUCUGUUCGCCACUUAUGUCCACACCGUUUUUUUUUUUUUCACCUUUUUCCUUUGCUUGAAGUGAAACAGCACUAAAGAAAACCGUGAACGGGUGAGUUGAUACAGCACGUCUUCUGUGAUACACGUAACAAAAAGUGCAGCCAUCUGGACUAUUGUGUUUUAGUUACACGAGGCGGGAAAGCGGGAACGGACUCCGCCCCCCCUCUGGAAAUAAGAGACCGUUGAUACUAAACGAGGCAAAGGACCAUUGAUAUAAUAUUUUUGUGAUGUCAACUUCGGGAAGUGAAAAAAAAUGUCGUGCCAAAAAUUUCCGUCUAUCGGGAAAGUGUGGAAAUUGGCAAGAGUGAAAAAAAAAGUAACCAACAAAAAGUUUUACGUCUGAGUGAAAUGAAGCAAAUAUUGAAUACUGUUAUCCACACGCUGUUUGUGCAUGUUCCAGUAUUCUUCACUCUUCUCAACCUUCCUUUUAUUAUUAGAUCGACUUUUUAGUCCUCAUUCUUUUCUGAUGUUACUACUCCCAACUAGUGAUUGACAUUAAAACCAGUAAAUGAU